AUGAAGCCAUCCACUCCUACCACCAGCACCACAUCCAACUCGUACCUCCAAAUGAACCGCAGACACAGUAUGCAAACCAUGGGACAGUCGUCUUCGUCGUCUCAGGGAGAAGAACGCAGCCGUUUUGCGGCCAACCAAGCUCGAAGAAUGAGAGUCGUUGAAAUCAUUGAUGCUGCCUUGAGUAUCAUCGACGAUGACUUGUUUGACGAUGACUUUGAUGUCCAAGGGGAUAUGCAACAGUAA